CAAUGCGCCUGCAUCUCGCGCUCCCGCGCCGCUCCCGGGAGCGUCCGGGUCGCCGUGCGCGAGCGAGGGCGGGAGCGCGCGCGGGGGGGCGAGCUCCUGAGUGCGGUCCGCGCGCUCGGUGGCGCGCAUGUGCAUGUGUGCGGGCUGCCGGGCUGCCCCGAGCCGGCGGGGAGCCGGUACGCUCCAGGCGGUCGGCGGCGGGAGCGAGGGAGCGGACAUGGACUUCGACUCGUACCAGCACUAUUUCUACGACUAUGACUGCGGGGAGGAUUUCUACCGCUCCACGGCGCCCAGCGAGGACAUCUGGAAGAAAUUCGAGCUGGUGCCGUCGCCCCCCACGUCGCCGCCCUGGGGCUCCGGUCCCGGCGCCGGGGACCCGGCCCCCGGAAUUGGUCCUCCAGAGCCGUGGCCCGGAGGGGGCGCCGGGGACGAGGCAGAAUCCCGGGGUCACUCGAAAGCUUGGGGCAGGAACUACGCCUCCAUCAUCCGCCGUGACUGCAUGUGGAGCGGCUUCUCGGCCCGGGAACGGCUGGAGAGAGCGGUGAGCGACCGGCUCGCUGCUGGCGCGCCCCGGGGGAACCCGCCCAAGGCGCCCGCCGCCCUGGACUGCGCUCCCAGCCUCGAAGCCGGCAACCCGGCGCCCGCUGCCCCCUGUCCGCUGGGCGAGCCCAAGACCCAGGCCUGCUCGGGGUCCGAGAGCCCAAGCGACUCGGAGGGUGAAGAAAUCGACGUUGUGACCGUGGAGAAGAGACAGUCCCUGGGUGUCCGGAAGCCGGUCACCAUCACAGUGCGAGCAGACCCUUUGGACCCCUGCAUGAAACACUUCCACAUCUCCAUCCAUCAACAACAGCACAACUAUGCCGCCCGUUUUCCUCCAGAAAGCUGCUCCCAAGGAGAGGCUCCAGGGCGAGGGCCCCAAGAAGAGGGUCUGGAGAGAGAUGUACCAGAGGAAAAGGAAGAUGAGGCAGAUGAAGAAAUUGUGAGCCCCCCGCCUGUAGAAAGAGAGCCUCCCCAGUCCUGCCACCCCAAACCUGUCAGUUCUGACACUGAGGACGUGACCAAGAGGAAGAACCACAACUUCCUGGAGCGCAAAAGACGGAAUGACCUCCGUUCCAGGUUCUUGGCCCUGAGGGACCAGGUGCCCACCCUGGCCAGCUGCUCCAAGGCCCCCAAAGUAGUGAUCCUGAGCAAGGCCUUGGAAUACUUGCAAGCCCUAGUGGGGGCUGAGAAGAGGAUGGCUACAGAGAAAAGGCAGCUCCGGUGUCGGCAGCAGCAACUGCAGAAAAGAAUUGCGUACCUCAGUGGCUACUAACUGACCAAAAAGCCUGACUGCUCUGUCUUAACAAAGACCCGAAUUUAUUUUUUAACCUCUCCUAUCCCCCAUAGGAAUUUGCACAUUUUGGUUUCAGUGGGACAGCCUGGACAGUAGAUCCCAGAAUGCAUUGCAGCCGGAGCACACACAAGAAGGGCUUGCAUUCUUGGAAACCUCGCAGCCCAACUCUCCCUCUGCCCUGACUCAUGGGAGCGCUGUGGCUUCUCUGACGCCUUUGGCUUCUCAGGCAGACAGCUGACUGAGGAGCCUUGGGGUCUGCCUAGCUCACUAGCUCCGAAGAAAAGCCCGACAGAUGCUAUGCAACAGGUGGUGGACGUUGUCGGGGGGCUCCAGCCUGCAUGAAAUCUCACACUCCCGAUGAGCUUUAGGCUGGGAAAGGAUGCUCCCACUGGUGUCUCUGGGGUGACGCUGGGACAGCUGGGCCUGGACACUGUCCCUGAGGCUCCUUUUUCCAGGAGACAUACAAGCUGUCUUGGGUGAAGACGAGCUCGCAGACUUAAUCAGCAGGGACCAUUACCUCACUGUCAGACACUUUACAGUAGCUGAGGAGUUGGACACCUUUAAUAUAUAUAUUCUGACGUUAAAUGACACCCCUCCUCCCACCACUCUCCAGGCUGCGACCUUGAGAACAUUUAAAGAACUUGGGCUCUAGAUUCUUUGUCUAAAAGCCCCCUGGGUCCUUUCCUCUGAGGGCAGAGACCAUUCAGUCCUCACCAGGGAAUUUUUUGUUUCCUUCUGCCUUUGUUAUGCAAUGGGCUCUAAGGCACCCCCUUUCCCACAGGUCAGAAAUAUUUCCCCAGGACACAGGGCAAAGUGUCCCACACUGUGGCCUGGGGAAGGCUUGGACUCCUGGCUGUAAACCUGUUCCCUGCCCAGGUGUUUUCCAUCUUAGAAUUUUCUCAAAGCAGAUGUUAGGCACCUGAGGAGGGAGAACUGUACCACUUCCUCUUUCCCACCUCCCUCUCAUCUCAAUCCCUGACUGGUAAGUUUGAAGUUCUACUAGGACCAUGCAAACCUGUCCUUCUCAUGCAACUCCAAGGAGCUUGCUGGCUCUGUAGCUACCCUUGGCCUCCUGCCAGCUUGACAUGAGUCAGAUCCUUUUCCCAGAAUCUGGGCCUACUGCAGUUCUUACUGGGAGAGCUGCUGGGACGCAUCCAGUGCUCUGGAAGGCAGACUAGCUUCCUGGUGGGUUUAUAAGGAGCUUCCAGGAGCGCUGCUUAGUGGACCAUGAUGGAUUUUACCCCAGCUGGACUGAGCCUCUCCAAGUGGAUUCCAGGCGCAGCCUCCAUUCUGAGAAAGACACCCACCCCAACAGGUGUCAUGUGGGCAAUCUCAGCAGCCCCUAAGCCUAGCCUGGAAGAAAGACCAGCCCCUCCAGAACUCUGCCCAGGGCAGCAGGUGCCUACUGGAUGGGGGUUUGAAAGUAGGGGAAGGGAGGAUGGUAGAGCGCUAUACGUGGCUCUGGGAAGCCGGCUGCUACUUCCAAACCUAUUAUGCAUGAGGGUCUGUUCCUGAGGUUGCUUCCUGGCCUCAGAGAACCCCAGUGGAAGUUAGGAAAAAGCCUCCCUACCUUCUGGAGCAUGGUUUUUGGGAGCCAACUGACUUCUAGAACUGUCUUUGGAGAACAGUUGAGAUGUAGGUUACUGAUGUCUCACCUGAAUAGCUUGUGUUUUAUGAGCUGCUGUUGGGUAUUAUGCCGGGAGCAGUCUUCUUCUUUUUUUUUUAAUACUGUAUUUUUGUAUGCCUUUUGCAAAGUGGUGUUAAUUGUUUUUGUACAAGAAAAAAGCUCUGGGGCAAUUCUCCUGUUGCAAGAGUCUGAUUUAUUUUAAAAGGCAGGUUUACCUGAAAUUUUGUAUUUAGUUGUGAUUACUGAUUGCCUGAUUUGAAAAUGUUGCCUUCUGAAACAUCUUCUAAUAAAAGAUUUCUCAAACAUGUCAGAGUGGGGGCAGAGCUUAUGCCCACCGCAUCCCCCGGAACCAAGGAAAAUUGUUUCAGGGUAGCCACGAGUGAUCUCUAACCAUGUUGCUAACCUGGUCACUCCACUCUGGGUUCCUGAAAUGCCAUUUCAGACAUGUCUAAACAAUGUAGGUUCAGUACUCGGUAAGCACUCUUGUGAAUUGCAGAGUGCUGAAUUUGUAUUUUAGAAGGCUUGAAAUCCCAGGGUUCCACCAUUUACUCGUCCUGUGCUUUUAGCUUUACCUAAAAGCUAAAAGCCCUAGUUUCCUUACUUGUAAAGUGGGGAUAAAUGCUACUUCACAAGGGGUUGGCAGGCAUUAAAUGAAGGAUAAACUUUUUUUUUCUUUUUUCUUGUUUUUGGCCACGCGGCUUGUGGGAUCUUAGUUCCCCGACCAGGGAUAGAACCCAGGCCCUUAGCAGUGAGCGUGCAGAGUCUUAACCACUGUACCAUCAGGGAAUUCCCAAAGUAUAGACUUUAAACCACUUUCUAAACUAUAAACCCUUAAAUCCUUUAGGGUGGUACUGUUCUUACCUUAGUGGUAUUUGCAGGACAUCUUUUUAAUGCCUUUUUUUUUUUUUUUU